AGCUUGCAGCAGCAGUUUAAUGAGGAUAGAGAGAAAGGUACAAUAUGCAAUAUGAUAUUUUCUCACUGUCCUCACUUCAAUCCCGAUGCCUGGGAAGGGCCUGGCCCAGCUUUGAUAACUGCUUUACCUCAAACUCAGCUCUCUCCCAGCAAACUGGACAGCAUCAUUGUGGCGGGAGACCCUGAAUUCUGAACCAAGGCCAUGGAGGGCUCCGUGCUGAGCCCCACAUCCUGGGAGAAGCGACGGGCCUGGCUCCGUCAGAGCCGCCACUGGCAGACCCAGGUCCUGGAAGAGGAGGCUGCAGCUGCCCUGCAGGAUGUCCCAGAUCCUGAGCCAUCCAACCUGGAUGACGUUUUCCAGGAAGGGAAUCCAAUCACUAAGAUUGAAGACUGGCUGCAGGAUUGUGGAUACUCUGAAGAAGGGUUUUUUGAGGAAGCAGGACAGUCGAUGUACAAUGGAGGUGGUACUACCUCCAACACCCUGGGAGCUCCUGCUCCCAGGCCAUACAAAUUCCUGAACUCAGUAGGAGCAAGGCAGGACGAUAAAUUGGCUUCAAGCAACAAGUAUGGAUUCAUCUCUGACCCCUGCAGGAGUUUCCUGGAGACUGCCCGGCCCUGCCAGCUACUCAAUCUUGGCUGCAGUUUGGCUUCCAGCAGCAUGACUGGCGGGACCAACAAGACUAGUUCAAGAAUAAAUAAUUUGCUGAUGACCCCCCAGACUCACCAUCUUCAACCCUUAUACCCAGGCAGGUUUAAGCAGGUGCAAACACUGGCUGUCACUGCUGAUGCCUUCUUCUGUCUCUACUCCUAUGUGUCUAAGACACCUGUUCAAAAGUUCACACCAUCCCACAUGCUCUGGAAUUACAACCCGACUGAUGUGCCAUCCAUCAAGAUUCUGGCCCCAGAGCCAGAACCUCACUCACCCAGAGAACGCCUCCGGAAAGCCAUCUCCAAAAUGUGCCUGUAUACAUGCCCCCGAGAUCGGCUAUCAUCACCACACAAUGACCCCAAAAGGAACAGUUUGGACCAAGUGGUGUGGGAAGUGAUGGACAGAGUGAGAGGAGAGAAGAUGGUUCUCCAGCAAGACCCUGAGUUUGGGCCAGGCUCACAGGAAGAUGCUGUGCCUCCCAUCAACAGUACAAAGCUGCCCACUUCUUCUUCCAUGUGCCCAUGUGUCUUCUGCCCUAAAGAGGAAACACAGCAGGGGGUGUCCACAGCGCAAGCACCAUCACAAACUCUGCAUUGUAACCCCAAGACGCCCUGUUGCACACAUUCUCUGCCUAGAGCAGAUCUACAGUGGAGCACAGACUCUGCACAGGUAAAGAGAGAGCUGUGGAGUCUACAGGCCACCAAUAGGGAAGCCCAUUCAGCCAAGGAUGAGACUUUUUGGAAAAGGAAGAGCAAAGCAAGAAAGAGUCUGUUUCCGAAGAAUCCCAUGGGUAGAAAAGUUAAAUCAUUGGACCUGUCCAUCUUCCAGCAGAAAUGCAAGGAGAGCCAACAGAGACCAGGACUGCACCGAUCUCUAACCCAGCUGCUGUGGGACAAUUUUGACUUAGAGGAGGUGCAAUGGGACAGUGAAGAGGAGAGCUGCUGGCCCAGCAGACCCAGACCCCUCAACCUCUGCCAGACUUUUGUGGGCAAAGGCUCAAGAAGCCGCAUAGGCCACGAGGAGUAA